AUCACUUUCCACGAGUUCGUCCGCGGGUUUCGCGGCGCCACGCAACCGCAGAGGCGGCGGAGCGACCGCGGGGAACUCCCCGAAGAGGGGGGCGACGCGUCUGUUGCCUUCGCCGGGGUGGCGGCGGCGGGAUCUGCGGUGGGUCCCAGCCAGGCCUGGCGGGAAUUUGAGCUCCGGCUCGGGGAGGAGGCGGGGUACAUUCCCAGGCAAGAGCAGGUCAGCAUUCUGUAUCAGAACAUCAAUAUAGUGGAACCACGAUUAAUUCAACCAUAUGAAAAUGUUAUUAAGAACUUCAUUAGAGAGAUCAAGCUGCAGAGUACAGAAAUGGAGAACUUGGCCAUAGCUGUAAAAAGAGCACAAGAUAAAGCAGCUAUGCAGCUUGGAGAACUAGAAGAGGAGAUGGAGCAGCGCAUACAGGCUACAGAACAUAAAAUCAAGAAGGAGGAAAAGCGGAAAGCAGAAGAAGCUUUGAAUGAUCUCAAGCGCCAGUAUGAAGCUGAAGUGGGUGAUCUCCAAGUGACAAUAAAGAAGUUAAAAAUGCUUGAGGAACAAUCCAAAAACAUUAAUCACAAAGAAGAUUUGGCAGUACUAAAAAGGAGGAUACAUGAUCUGACCUUGGAAAAUCAGAAACUUAAAAAAGAUCUUAUGGAAGCACAGACAAAUAUAGCUUUCCUUCAGAGUGAAUUAGAUACUUUGAAAAGUGAUAUUGCAGAUCAAAGUUUGAAUUCAGAAAGGGAUCUAGACAUGAUCAGAGAGUACACUGAAGACAGAGAUAGCUUGGAGAGGCAGAUAGCAAUAUUACAGUCAGCUAACAGGAAACUACAUGACAGUAAUGAUGGCUUAAGAAGUGCAUUAGAGAAUAGCUGGAGCAUAUACAACAGAUCUCUGCGACUAACAAAUACUUCCCCUGGAAACACAAUGCCCAGAAACAGUCCCAGAUGUGGUGAUGGCCUUUCUCCCCAAAAUCCACAAUAUGACAGGCUAUCUCAUUCAUCCUAUGUGGAUGAAGACUAUGAUUCCCUCGCACUUUGUGAUCCAAUGCAGAGGAUAAACUGUGAAGUUGACAGCUUGCCUGAAAGUUGCUUUGAUAGCGGCUUGUCUACAUUAAGAGACUCAAAUGAAUAUGAUUCAGAAGUGGAAUCCAAGCAUCAAAGAGCAUCUCAGAAAACAGAGUGUCGGCAGGAAAGCUUCAUGGGUGAUGCUUCUGAUACAGAUGUCCCAGAUAUACGAGAUGAAGAGGUAUACAGUCCUGAUGAUGUAAGUACAGUAUUGGAUUGGAAGCCCAGCCAGCCAGUCAGUCGAAGCAGUUCUGGAGCUUCAACAAGGAAACCCAUCCCUGCAAUCUCUCCACAGGUUGAUUCCAUAGACUGCAACUCCAGAUACCCAAGUUCAGACAAGGCUUACAAGAUAGUUCUUGCUGGGGAUGCAGCUGUUGGAAAAUCCAGCUUUCUUAUGAGGCUUUGCAAAAAUGAAUUUCGAGGGAACACCAGUGCAACUCUGGGGGUUGACUUUCAAAUGAAGAGACUCAUUGUUGAUGGAGAACCUACGGUGCUGCAGCUUUGGGAUACAGCUGGUCAAGAGAGGUUCCGAAGUAUUGCUAAGUCUUACUUCAGAAGAGCAGAUGGAGUGCUUUUACUGUAUGAUGUUACCUGCGAAAAAAGCUUUCUUAAUGUACGAGAAUGGGUAGAUAUGAUAGCGGAUGCCACACAUGAAAAUAUCCCAAUCAUGAUGGUGGGAAACAAAUCAGAUCUUCGUCAAAUGGCUUCUGAACAAGGAGUUAAAUGUGUACCUCUCAGCUAUGGAGAAAAGUUGGCCAUGGCUUACAGUGCACUAUUCUGUGAAACAAGUGCUAAAGAUGGUUCUAAUAUUGUCGAGGCAGUGCUUCAUCUUGCUCGAGAAGUGCGAAAAAGAAGUGAUAGCAAAGAUGAUGAUAGGUCAGUCACUAAGCUGGCUGGGACAACGCUAAAAAAGUCUUCGCUCACCAAAACCUGCUGCAGUGUUUAGAGAAUUAACUGCUUGGCCCUAAAGAUACAAACUUCUGUGGCAAUGGAAGAAGAAAAAGUGAAAAGCAUAGGUUGUACCAGAUGAUCAGCAAAAAGAAAGAUGGAACUAACGUUUCAGUCACCAGGCCCGUAAAGAGUAUCUAAGCAGAUUCAGAUACCUUGCUUAUUGAAGAAAAGCAAACCAAAAAGUAUAAAAUUCUUUGUUCAUCAGCAUCACUCACAUGUUCAUUUGUGCAGUUAAAGUCAUUCCACCUCAAAUCAGCUGUGCCUUCAUAAACCAACUUGCCUGGAUAAAAAUGAAUCCCCCCCAUGCAUCUUACUGUGUUUAUAUAAAUGUUACCUUUUUAAAAAAACAUGGGAGUGCUACAGACCAUUCUCUGCCUUGCAUUGUGAAGACAUUUGUGAUUCUUCAUCACUAAUCUUAAAACUUGCACAGUGGUUGUUUUGAAGGGUUUUCUGGAACAUUGAACUUUUCCAUACUGUGCAGCUUUGAGAUCCCAGAAAAAGCACUGAUGACUUGCAAAUUGAACCUGAAUUGGGAAGAAAAAUACAACUAUCUAGAACUAAACAGAAAUGUGCCCCUUCUGAUGCUGAAUUCAGAAUGCUGUUGCUGGUAUUAGGAUCUCUGGGUGGAAUGUAUAUAACACAGGUGGCUUCUUCAUCUGACAAGUGCCGUCUUGGUAUGUUGGGACUAUAACUCCGUGUUCUUUUGAAAUACUAGAAGUUGAAGUCCCAGCACUUCUGGAGGACGCUACAUGGGGAAUGGCUAUUAUAAAAUUUAGUGGUUAAAGAUAACCUAGAGAUCACUCUAGUUGUAAAUAUUGUUGCAUACCGACAUAUAUUGCAUAUCAAUAUACCAUUUCAGACAACUUAGCAAAGCAGAAAGAAAACUGGGCUAGAAAGCUUUGCCCUAAUGUUUAAUUUUGUGUAUCAGUAGACUAAAGAUGCAAACGGUAUUUCUUCAUGAAAGCUUUCACCUGCAUCUGAAGUUGUAAAGCCUAGCGUUCUAGUGAAAAGUAGCUAAAUCGUGUGCUGCUUCUUCAAGACUUUCUCUUUUUUUCCUGCCAAUAUUCUCAGAAUUUGGAACCACUGGAUACUUUAUAACUAAGGGUUCUAACCCAUGUGUGUGCACAUGUGUAGUGAAUUUAUAAUGAUCACAUUGGGGGUACUUCUCCUGUCCACAUGCUGCAUUUUAAAGAUUCACUCCUCCUCCUCCUGAAUUUAAGGGAAUAGAAGGCGAACUAUAUGCAUUAUGUUUGUGUCUUGGCAUGGAUAAACAGAAGUGAGACCUGAGAAAUUCAUUACCUUCCCUUCUCCCCAGAAUAAUGAGCUACAUUCUGAAUUAGAUCAGUGACACUCAAGCUGUUUUCUAGUGUCUGUGUACUUCGCUUUCACCAGGAAGGACCAGCAUUUGUGAAACUUGAUCAAAAGCCUUAUUCUUGCUCUGGGUCUGAGUUGAAAAUGAAAGGUACAAGGCCUCAUUGAAAGAAAUACUGGAAAGCAAAUUUCUAUGUAAAUAAUAUUGAAAACCAGAAAGGACCCCAGCCUUCAACCCCAGGAGAGAGAUUGAUCUUUGUAAAACGAAUAGGCCCUUCCCCCAAGGCUUUACAAGGGAGCCAAUAAAAAGGCUUUUCUUGCCUAGUUGUUUCUCCAAACUUCCUUUUAGGAGGUCUGCUCCAUGCUUGGAAACCCAGUAAGAUUUAUAAGAUUAACAUCUACAUGGACUGAAAUCUGUCAUUAGGUAAUGCGUGCCCUUCAGUAUUGUAUUAUAAUGAUAAGCCUUGAUACUAAAAGAAAAAAAUCACAACUUCCCUGACAAACUGAUAAAGAUCAGGAGAUGAAGUUUGCCAUUUUGUUGGCUGGACUAAGAGGCACUUUUAUAUGUUUUUAAAGUUUUAUUAGAUUCAUAUUUUUCUCAUACUUGCUUUAUACAACUAAUCUGUUUUUUCUAAAUGCAUAGGUUUCAUUUUGCUUUACUGUGUUAAGCUUUCUCAUUUUUAAGGAAAAGUUUCCAUAGUUGAAACAGUAGUUAGCCAAUCACAUUUGUCAAUUUCUGUCCAAAUUAGGAAAGGAAUUCAAAUUCUGCAGAUCUUGAAAAUUAAUACUUUCUCAUAAGGCUAGGCUGUGAGAAGAGAAACCUAUUUCUCCCUACCCUUAUUAUCUGAUCUGGUGUCAGAAAUUUUCUUGCAGCUGGAUUCUCCAUGCAUUUUUUACAACUAGGCUGAAACCUCCAAAUUGUCUUACUGGCCAACUGCCCACCAUUUAUAUAAAUAAAUGAAAAAAAUAAAUUGCUUAAUAGUCUGAUCCUAACUGUACUAGUUGGUUCAGGUAUGUGUUAGCCUUGGGCUCAUGUUCACUAUCCUUAUUCCUAGCAAUUGGUGAUAUUUGAACUUAAAGGACAUUCUAGGCUAAUUAUUUUAUUGUUAGAGUACAAGCCAGGAUCACAAGCCACAAUUUUGAUCUCAGUUUCUUUAAUUAACAGAGUAAACUAAUCAGAGUUCUAUUGCGUUUGAAUCUAACAGAGCUCUGGUUAUUUAAAAGCCAAAAUUAUUAUGAACUCACAAGUAAUUGAGAUUGGAGCUGCUUUUCCAAAGCAGAUGCCAUCCAGACUGUCCUAUAACCCCUAUUAACCUCAUUUAGCUUUACUGUUUUGUAAGAAUUGGAGGAGUUCUAGAUAGGAGAAUAUCUGGGAGAAUAUCUAUGCCCAAGGCUCUCAUAUACUGCUAAAUUGUACAUGGAGUUUAUGUCCAAGUAAAAUGGCUGCUUUGUCAUCAGAUACAGAACUGGGAAGCUCACAGCACUACAACCCUUUAAUGGUGGAACGUUUUAAUGUAACAGUAGGAGAAAAGCUGUAGAAUUGAGAGGAGUUGAGAAAUGCAAGCUUUUGAAAUUAAGCCCAACCCCAAAGCAAAAUUGUGCAAGUAAGUCACAAAUGUUUUGCAGAUUCUUUAUUCUUUUAUAUUUGUGCUUCUUCUAUAACUAUUGAAAUGUCUUUCAUAGGUGCCAGUUUUCACUGUUCUGUUAAUUACUUUGAACUUUUAAAGAUAUUUUCUCAAAGUAUCAAUAGUUAAAUUUAGAAUUCCUUGUUUGGGAUGCAAAUAAGUAGAUGUUAGUUUGUUUUUAAAGAAUAAAGGUUAGUUCAUAAGAAUUAUCAACCAGUUACUGAUUACUUGUUAAUUGCCUUGCUGAAUGAUGCGCACGUACAAACCUGGAGUUCUCUUGGUGCUGUUUUUAACACAGUAGCAAGGCAUUUAGCAACGAAAGCAAAAGAAGAACUUGUUUUAUUAUUCCACCAAGAGCAUAUCAUUUGAACCAGCAGAGUUAUAAUUUCUAUAAUUUGAGUUUCUCUUGAAGAAGGAAUCCUAAGUCAGCAAUGUUUUGUGGACCUGGGGGUUCCAAUGCAAAGAUGAAACAUUAGAAGCACCUUGCCUGUUUCAGGGAAAAGAGAGCUCCGUGCAUGCUACAACAUCCAUCCACUCACGGAGAGACUGCCAAACAGACUAAAGUACAACCAGGCUUCUAGAUUCCCAGGAAGUAAUACCGUUUCUGCAUUGAGACAAUCACAGUAUGAAAAUCCUGAAUGAAUUGAGCUCAGCCAACUUAUGAAAAUAAUUGGUUUGUUGAAUAUUUAACUUAUACUCUUAAUUUCAGAAGUAAAGUUUUAUAUUUAUUUAGUUGUUAUGUUAUCAUACAUAUAUUUAUUUAUUUUCACAGAAAAUAUACCUGUUUCUUUGGUAAAUUCUGUAUAUAAGAUUUAUUUUCGUGCAAUUAGUGGUCACAAAUAGUUUUUUUCUUACUGUCUCUGUUAAUAGCACAUGUCAUUUUAAAGGCAAUAUUUGUCCUCUGGAAGAUUUGAUCUGUUAAAUUCUUUGAUAUGUAAAACAUGCUUUAACAGCUAUGUGCCCAAAAUGUGCUGCACUAUACUUUCUUAGAAAUAAAAUUAUAUAUACACCACA